AUCCGAUAUAUUCAGUCUGUGUUCAGUCGCUCUUUCGUGUACACGUCUCUUUACAUUAUCGAAAUAUUUAAUAUUUAAUUCUCCAAUUAAAUAUUUAUUAGUUGUCUCUUCUCUUUCCUCAUGGCUAAAUUCAUUGACUUCAGUGAUUUUCUCUCCCCAAAUUAAUACAGUUCUGUGUUUUUGUGUACUAAAGACUUGCACGAAGCCUCAGUGUUUUGCGGCUUAAGUUCCUUUAAAAUUCCCACUGGUAGCUGCAUACAUGCAUCAAUAUUUGAACGAGCUCCUCCAAAAAAUGACAAUUACCUUAAUGUUCCGUAUCAACCCUAUUUACUAUUCGGAUUAUUCGGAUACGAUCUAAGAUCGCAUUAUAAAUUAUACCAAACAAAAUCCUACCUUUGUCAUUGGUUAUACCAUUUCGAGUACUACAAGUUUGGUGUCUAUCCAAAAGAUAUUACCUGAUCUUCAACCUUGUAGCGAGGAAUCGAAAGAAUGGAUAUUGUGGCAAAUUACCACCCUGUCUUCAAGGCGUUCCUUGCGGGUUCGUUCUCGGGAACUUUCAGCACAAUACUGUUUCAACCGUUGGACCUGGUUAAGACGAGACUGCAGAACUCCAGUCAGAAUGUUGUUGCGGCGACUGUCAACAGCCGAAUCCAGCCCGGUAUGAUAACUAUCUUCGCUAACAUCGUACGUCAGGAGCACAUCGUGGGUCUAUGGCGCGGCAUGGUACCCUCCGUGGCCCGCUGUGUGCCAGGCGUCGGACUAUACUUCUCGUCCCUCCACUGGCUCAAGUCUAAACUGGGUAAAGAAAACCUGGGACCAAUGGAGGCGGUCUCUCUUGGUGUGAUCGCGAGGACCAUGAGCGGAGUUGCGUUGAUUCCUAUCACCGUUAUUAAGACUAGGUACGAAUCUGGCGUGUACAAGUAUAACAGUCUGAGCGGUGCUCUGAGGGACAUCUACAGGGCGGAGGGUGUUCGCGGAUUGGUGUGCGGCUUGGGACCAACUUUAGCAAGAGAUGCGCCGUUCUCCGGCCUCUAUCUCAUGUUUUACACGCAAACUAAACAAGCAAUACCUAAAGAAUGGCUGCAAUCAUCAAGCACAGCUAGCGUGGUACAUUUCUCAUGCGGAGUGUUGGCCGGCAUCGCCGCCUCUCUCGCCACCAAUCCUGCUGACGUGCUCAAGACUCAUAUGCAGCUCUAUCCUGAUAAAUUCCCCAACGCGUUUAGUGCAGCUAUGUAUAUACAACAGACUUAUGGGGUUCAAGGUUACUUCAAGGGCGCGGUACCAAGGAUGUUACGAAGAACUUUAAUGGCCGCUAUGGCUUGGACGGUGUUUGAACAAAUAACUCGAUCUAUUGGCUUAAAAUGACAAGAUUUUGAUGCUUAAAAGCAAUAUGUGAUUAAAAGAGCUUAGCA